AUGGAGGGUAGACCAUGGACUUUUGAUCAACAUCUGAUAGGAAUGGACAAUAUUGAGGAUGGAAUUCAACCAUCUGAAAUUACCCUAUCUUGGAGCCCCUUCUGGGUUAGAUUAUAUAAUCUACCUAUGAAUGCGAGAACAGAAUACCAUGUGAGGCGGAUUGGGAAGAAUAUUGGGACGGUUAUGGAUGUUGAUUAUGAUGGUGUUUGCUUGGAUAAAUCUUCCUGGGUUAGAGUUAUGGUGGACUUUUCGAAGCCGCUUAGGCUUAUAAUCAAGAUGAAAAAUAGUAACGAGAUAGUGGUGGUGGUGGAAGUGAAGUAUGAGCGACUCCCUAUUUUUUGCUUUUCGUGUGGUAGAAUUAGGAAUAUGGAGAGCGAUUGUGAGUAUUCAGUUGAAAAUGACAGAGAGGGAGAGAAGCAGUGGGGCACUUGGCUUAAAGCGUCGCCACGUAAGGGAUGCUUGAAAAAGUUGGAGGAAGCAAAACAAUUUCUGUCCUGCUCAAGGGCCCUGAAUUUUUCUCGACAUGCAUGGAAGCAGUGGGGUUUCGACGAGUCUGGAGGUGGAGGUGUUGGGGGCUAG